GGCAACAUAUUCCUCUAUUGUAAGAUUUUGCGUGUAGUUAGUGUAUAUACGUGGACAGCAAACAUUUAUUUUCUAUACAUGCACAAUGAGUUUUAGCAAUUUCCCAUUCGUGAACGAAUCGUUGUUUUGAGACCACGUUUUGAAUCUUUUUAAUGAAUCGGUUCAACCGUAUUGACAAAUCCGCUCUGAACGAUUCGAAUCGCGUCAGAAACUCGAAUCCCCUUUUUAGUUAAAUGAUGAGUGAAGUUUAUUAAGCAUUCAAAAUAAAUAAAUAAAUUAGAGAAGACAUGUGUUCAUAAAACCUAAAAGCGACCUUGUAUAAACCUACUAAGUUCAUGACGUAAAAUAACUGCUGAAUUAUUUAAGAACCGGUUCUUUGAAACGAACUGUUAGAAGGAGCCGAUUCGUGAAAAUGAUUCGGGCUUUCCAUCUCUAGCUAACUGUGGUUAAGGAGGUGUGAUUUAAGCAAUGUGUUGUAGCUUUUACAGAUUAUAGAGGGGGCGUUAUCAAAUUGCUCGACGACACCUUGUUCAGUUCUGUUUGGAUGUGAGCAGUUUUAUCAGAACCCAAUUUAAGAGCCAAAUAAUUAGAAAAAACGAACAUCCUGCGCGACCUUAAAAAGUGACGUCAGCCUCCAGCACUCAUGCGGCUUUCAUUUACGUCAACAGCACACAAGCUCCCAAACUGAGGCUUUAUGCAUUUUUCAUAUGUACUCUUGAUACUCAUCUGCUGCACUCUAGGAUUCAAUCCGAAAUAUUCUUCAUAAAGCAGAGAAACGAAACUAAAGGACAGGGCGUCCAUCGGAUCAGUGUCUUAGUGUGAGGCCUAGGCUCCAGCAGCAGGCCUCGGUGGGCACCGGCAUGAUGGAGGGGGGUAUGCAGCUGCUGAACCGGGAUGGCCACAGCAUUUCGCACAACUCCAAGCGCCACUACCAUGACUCCUUUGUGUCCAUGAACCGCAUGCGGCAGCGUGGCCUGCUCUGCGACAUUGUGCUCCAUGUGGCCAACAAGGAGAUCAAGGCACACAAGGUGGUGCUGGCCUCCUGCAGUCCAUACUUCCAUGCCAUGUUUACAAAUGAGAUGUCGGAGAGCCGUCAGACCCAUGUGACCCUGCAUGACAUUGACCCUCAGGCUCUGGAGCAGCUGGUGCAGUACGCCUACACUGCCGAAAUUGUAGUAGGAGAGGGGAAUGUGCAGACCCUGUUACCUGCAGCUAGUCUCCUGCAGCUCAACGGAGUGAGAGAUGCCUGCUGCAAAUUCCUUCUCAGCCAGCUGGACCCCUCGAACUGCCUGGGCAUCCGUGGCUUUGCAGACACUCACUCCUGCAGCGACCUUCUCAAGUCGGCCCAUAAGUAUGUCCUGCAGCACUUUGUAGAGGUAUCGAAGACUGAGGAGUUUAUGCUGCUACCUCUCAAACAGGUGAGCCAUCUGCUUUAGGACAGUAAUAUGAAUUUAAUAUCAGAGGAGGAGGUGUACAGGGCUGUGCUGAGCUGGGUCAAGCAUGAUAUUGAUGGGCGGAGGCAGCAUGUGCCCCGGCUGAUGAAGUGUGUGCGUCUGCCACUGCUGACACGAGACUUCCUGAUGAGUAAUGUGGAUACGGAGCUGCUGGUGCGUCACCACUCCGAGUGCAAAGACCUGCUGAUCGAGGCACUGAAGUAUCACUUGAUGCCCGAGCAGAGGGGUGUUCUCAGUAACAGCCGCACCCGACCGCGCCGCUGCGAGGGAGCCAGUCCGGUGCUCUUUGCUGUAGGUGGGGGCAGUCUUUUUGCCAUUCACGGAGACUGUGAGGCCUAUGACACUAGGACAGAUCGCUGGCACAUGGUUGCAUCCAUGUCGACGCGGCGGGCACGAGUCGGAGUGGCUGCUAUUGGAAACAAGCUCUACGCUGUUGGAGGAUAUGAUGGCACUUCUGAUUUGGCUACUGUAGAGUCGUAUGACCCUGUAACUAAUGCGUGGCAACCUGAGGUGUCUAUGGGAACCAGGAGGAGCUGUUUAGGUGUGGCGGUCCUGCAUGGGCUGCUGUAUGCUGCAGGAGGAUACGAUGGUGCUUCUUGUCUCAACAGUGCAGAGAGGUAUGACCCUCUGACCAGUACCUGGACUUCCAUUGCUGCCAUGAGUACCAGGAGGAGAUACGUUAGAGUGGCCACAUUAGAUGGCAGUUUGUACGCGGUUGGUGGGUAUGACAGCUCUUCACACUUAGCAACGGUAGAAAAGUACGACCCUCAGAGUAAUGCCUGGACUGCCAUUGCCAACAUGCUGAGCAGGAGGAGCAGUGCAGGAGUUGCUGUGUUGGAGGGCAUGCUUUAUGUUGCGGGGGGCAAUGAUGGUACCAGCUGCCUAAAUUCAGUGGAACGAUAUAAUCCGAAAACCAACACCUGGGAGGGAGUGGCCCCCAUGAACAUCCGCAGGAGCACCCAUGACCUGGUCGCCAUGGAUGGCUGGCUAUAUGCGGUUGGAGGCAAUGAUGGCAGCUCUAGUCUCAACUCCAUAGAAAAGUACAACCCUCGUAGCAACAAAUGGGUGGCGGCGUCGUGUAUGUUCACGCGCCGGAGCAGCGUGGGAGUCGCUGUUCUGGAGCUCCUCAACUUUCCUCCUCCGUCCUCUCCCACUCUUUCCGUCUCCUCCACCAGUCUUUGACAAAGGGUAAAGUUCAGGCUUAGCUCCAGCGGCCUGCCCUGUGUGGCCAAGAGGCGCAACUGUUCGGUUUGAGCAUCAGACGAGGAGUGUUUCGUGGGCCACAGUGCCCUCCUUCUGCCUGGAGGAACACUGCAGCAUUCUGCAGAUCAUGAGGGUAAAAAAAGGAUGAAAAGAAAAAACACAUACUCUCACACACUCUAGGCCUCCACAACUCUCACCAUAUAAACCCCAGUGCUUAAAAAAGUGCAAAAUAAUGUUGCUCUGCCAUUUUGCGGUCACUUUGUGUAUGAUGUAUAUCUAAAUGUAUAUUUAUGUUUACGGUUUUUUUUUUAAAUAUAAAGAAAUAAUAUAUUAAACAAAAAAGAAUGAAAAACUUUAGGAAUGUAGCUCUUGACAGAUUCUGCCACGCAUGUUUACAGAAAUUUCGUCCUGGCAGAAAA